AUGCCCAAGACAUUCAUGUUUCUCAGAAGCACUAUGCUGGGAAUUCUCCUUAUCUGCAUUCUCUGGACAGAGACUACUACGGCUGGAUCUAGUUUUUUAAGCCCUGAAUAUCAACACACACAGCAACGAAAGGAUCCAAAAAAGCAUGCAAAGUUAAACCGCCGGGCUGCAGAAGGAUUUUUGGAUACAGAUGCAAGGCAGGCAGAAGGAGACAACAAUGAAAUAGAGAUUAAGCUUAAUGUUCCCUUUGAAAUUGGUGUCAAGAUAACAGAAGACCAGUACCAGAAGUAUGGACAAGUGCUGGAGAAGAUCCUGGAGGACAUUCUUGCAGAGGACACUAAAGAAACCCAAAAUUGGCACGAGUUGAAACAUGAAGAUGUUACAAACUGA